GGGAUAUAUGGGAUGCCUCGGAGUGAGACAAGCCUAAUGACGCAACGGGUUUACUCAAUACAGCCUGAAAUUUUGAGGGACAGGAUAAUACUUGCAGGGUUUCCCACGUUUCCUAUGACCAAAACCAGUCAGCGGACUCUGAAACUGACAGAUAUAACGUGAUAGCCUGUCGAGGAGAUUAGCCUCUCCGGACAUAAAGGAUCAACAGAUAUAAACUUUAAUGAUGGCAUACUUCACGUUGCUCUUUCUGUCAUCUGUUUUCAAUGCAAUAGCGCCAACAGUAUCUGGUUAUGAAGCAGUGGUCUCCCUUAAGCCGCAAAAGGAGAGUCAAAAAGUUUUUACAAUAACUGGCAAAGAAUGUAAGUUCCCAUUUCGUCAGGGUGGAAGGAUUCAUCACCACUGCAUUGUCAGGAUGACCUCAAGACCAUGGUGUUCUCUGACACAUAACUUUGAUCGGGACAGGAAGUGGGGCUUUUGUGCUCCAGGGAAAAGACAACUAAAUGCUCCGUGCCUGGUGAAUCCAUGUCAGAAUGGAGGCGUCUGCACACCCAUCCCACAGAUACACUCCUUUGAGUGCACCUGCCCGAAGAACUUCACUGGGAGACUGUGUGAACAACGGAAAUGCUAUGAAAACAUACACCUGCGCUUUUAUGACAACGGAGAGUCUUGGGGACGAAUUCACCUUCGUAACGUGGAACAGUGCACAUGUGUUUCAGGGGAAAUCAAGUGUGAAAGAGUCCACUACACAAUGUGCCACUCAAACCCUUGUCAGAAUGAUGGCACAUGUCGGCUGAUCACAUCCACGGGAGAGGAAGUCUGUCACUGCAGAAAUGCCUACAGUGGACCUCGGUGUAGCCUUGAGCCAGAGACAGAGUGCUACAUCGGCAGGGGCACAGGUUACAGAGGAGUGGUGGGCACCACGGUGUCCGGCGCCCAGUGUCUGCCAUGGAACUCUGAUCUGCUCUUUGAUGAGCUCCAUGUGGGCACGGUGGCAGCUUCUGCCCUCAGGGGACUCGGGGAGCAUGCAUACUGCAGAAACCCAGAUGGGGACAAGAAGCCAUGGUGCUACACAGUAAAUAACAGCGCCAUCUCCUGGGAGUACUGUGACGUCCCCUCUUGUGUGAUGCAUUUGUCUUCUUCUAGAAGAGUGAUCUCUAUCAAUUUCCUGCCCAAAAUUACGACACCAACCCCUCCCAAGUCAGGCAGAAGUCCUGUGUGUGGGACAAAGCACAAGAAGAGAGUCUCCUUCCCCAUGCCUCGGAUACUGGGCGGAACCACAGCUCUGCCAGGUACUCAUCCAUGGAUGGCCGGCCUUUACAUUGGACAGUCAGACUUCUGCGGCGGCAGUCUGAUCUCUUCUUGCUGGGUCAUCUCAGCGGCACACUGCUUCCUCACCAACCCUCUGAAUUCUCAAAUUCGCGUGGUGCUUGGCCAGCAGAACUUCAAUGACACCGGACCCAACACCAGAACAUUUGAAGUGGAGCGCUACAUCUUUCCAGAUCACUUCUCGGUGUUUAAUCCAACACUACAUGACAUCGUUCUGAUCAAACUAAAGAAGCAGGAUAGGCGGUGUGUGAGGAAAACGCCGUUUAUCAGGCCCAUCUGCCUCCCAGAAAAAAACACGGUGUUCCCUGAUGGCUACUGCUGUGCUAUUAGUGGCUGGGGACGUAUGAAUGAGAAAGCACAGGGUUACUCUACUCUGCAGGAAGGAUAUGUGAGACUGAUUCCUCACAACAUCUGUAAGAAACCAGAAGUUUAUGGCAACCACGUCACCAGUGACAUGGUGUGUGCCGGGCUCAGGGGCUGUGUGGAUGCAUGCCAGGGUGACUCUGGGGGCCCACUGGCUUGUGUGAAGGAUGACGUCAGCUUCUUGUAUGGGAUCAUCAGCUGGGGAGAUGGUUGCGGCCACUCAAAUAAACCUGGAGUUUACACAAAAGUGGUGAAUUAUAUUGACUGGAUCAAUUCAAAGAUCAGACGAAAACCCAAGGUUUUGUGAAUGCAAAUUACCUGGACAUCAGCUGUACUGUAUGAGAUAUUGUUCAAUAUAUUAAUAUAUAUUUAACUUUUCUAUCAUUUUAGUUUUUUUGUAAGACAUGGCAGUUUUUGGAGUGUCUCUUUUUGUAACUGUGAA